AUGACUGUUCGGGGAGGGGAGAGUAUGUUGGUGACGUAUCAGAACAUUACAAAACAAGCUAUGGCGACGGAGGAAAUCACUGAAAAUAUUGAAAUGGCGGCUGUAAUAACUCCAUCGUCUCAUGUACAACUCGCUAAAGAAUGGCUGUACAAACGCAAAACACAGAUGAAGCCAUGGGCAGAGUUUUUUAAAAGUUCGCGAUUCAGCAAGCCAAAAACUGUAGCCGAAGCUGGCAAGAGAGUGAUGAAGAACUUGGAAGACUACCAGAGCAACUACAUUCUGAUAACGAUACUCCUGUUCUUUUAUUGCGUGUAAGUUGAUGUUUCGAUCGUCUACUAUUUGCAGUUUUAAGAAAAAGAACAUCUCGUUUUCACGUCCUGAAACCGUCUAUAUUCGAGAGGUCUUUUAUUUUACAACAAGCAGAGAGUUCUCCGCUAUUGUAUAUUACAGAUUUUAGGCAAUUUUCCAUUGUGUAAACGGCGGUAGAUCGAAAAUUCGGGAAAAAAUCUUAUAUGUAUGCCUUGGGUAUGAUUUGUCGUAUGUAACGUACUAAAUAUUAUCUUAUUUAACGACGAGCAUUUAGUUCAUCUGACUGCAUGUCUGCUAAGUGUACAUGAAAGCUAAGCUUACAAAUUGUAUUAUAAAUAACGUUUCAUGAAUAUUUUUUUGGUGAUUUAGUAACAUUAUUAAGGUUAUCCCUCGGAUAUUGACCUUUGAAUUUUUUUAGCCACGAAAAACUUCUUUCUGGUCAUAGAAAGAUCCUGAUCUUCUUUACCUUGAAGAUCUCAACUUAUUUCCUAAAAAAAUUGCACAGCACAUUCUUUCAAGCAACGUAAUUUACCAUGCCUACUAGAAGUUUGUCAUUCAGGUUUCAGUAGCCCUUACCUAGUUGUUUAAAAGAUGGAUAGUGCUAUCCACUGGAUAAAUGUCUAUUCAAGGGAUAAUGCAGUUGGCUUCCGGAAUACUUAUUCGCUGGAUGGUGAUUUAUCAGAUGUAUAGUACUAUGCAACACUUGGAGUAACUGCAGAAUACCUGAUCACUUCAAAGCUAUACCCCUAUAACAGUGGCUACAUGGCUAUGUGGCUAUGCAGCUAUGCAGCUAACCCUAACCCUAAUCCUAACCCUACGGGGCUACACAGCUAUGUGGCUACUUGGCUACACAGCUAUGUGGCUACAGAGCUACGUAGCUAUAGAGGUCUGCGUGGCUAAAGAAUAAAGAUGUAUAUGGCUACAUAGGAGACUACGUAGCUGUGUAGCCGCAUAGCCACUGUUAUAGGGGUAUAGCUUCGAAGUGGCCGGGUAUUCUGCAGUUAAGCUCAACAUUUAAACAGUCAAGUAGGGCCUGGUUUCUGUUUGUCAUAUAAAUCCCACUAAGUGAUGGGGGCCAGGGAUCUCUCCCUGCCACUGUGGGUAUAACCACCGGCUACUUUCAUAGGGAACAAAAGAAAAAUAAAACCAAAAGGACCUUCUAGUUGUUCAAUUACCUGCCAGCUAAUUUCAUAUACCCAGCAACUUGAAAUCUUAGUGACAGCCCUGUUGCCAUGCUCCACUAUGUGUGACUGUGUGUCAAUGCCUUUAACAGUCACAGUCCAUAAUAAUAGGGAUUUAUCUGGAAGGAGGUACUCCCUUAUAUAAGCGCUAGAGGUAUGUGGCCCCCCCCUCCCCCCAAGGGGUAGGGGUUUUGCACUGUUUUGGUCUAAAAACAGGUUACUAUAGCCUUUGCUCAUUUUGGUCUGGAAUCAGGUGUGGUUUCCAAGGGAACUAUGGGAUCAGAGUGUAUGAGCAAAUUUAUUGUCUCAAUUUCAAAUAAGUAAGGAAAGAAGAGACCUAUGAAAAGUUGAAAUGGAUUUUAAGAAAUGUUUUUUGUUGCUGUUCAGUUCUAAUCUAAAUAAUGAUGACAUAAUUUCUAAGAGUCCAGGUCUGAGAAAUGGGUGUGAAAAAUGACACUUUUUUGUCUGAAAUAAGGUCAGGAUGUGGAUAAUCGGGCAGCACACCCUCACAAGAAGGGGGGAAGGGGGUGGUAUUUUUUGCAUUCACCCAUUUAUAAUCAUAACCUACCAUAUUGAGUUAAAAACAAAAGUUAGGGAGAUAUUUAUAAUUUCUCUCUAGGUGGUUUGAACAGGUAUGAGAGCCAGUCACACAGUAGAAAUCAUCUUAUCCUGUCACACGGCAUCUAACCAAACUUAGAUAAUAUUAACUACGCUUAUUGUAUAGUGAAACAGAAAGUUAGCUCUGUAAGAUUUGUUUGGAAUUUUCCAUCAUACACCUUAAGAAACAUAAGAUCAUUUUCCCACCUUUUGUUCCAGAAAAAUUAAUAUCCAUACUCCCCCUAAAGAAAGUUUUUUCCCUUUAAAUCUACCCCUCCCCUCUGUAAAAAAUAGAUCAGUAAGACUCCCUUCCCCAUGAAAAUUACAAUGAUUGUCUGUAAGGUCAUGUGGAACCCUUAUUUGUUGGAACCACACAAUAAUGUGUUGUAAUCAUUCUUUUUAUUGCAGGCUCACAUCUCCAUUGCUGCUCAUUGCAUUAUCAGUUGCAGGGGGUGGCUGUUUAUUUAUAUCAUAUAAAAACCAAGGAAAAAAGAUCCAAGUUCUAGGUGGGAAGCUAAUAGUGAUUUAUGAUGUUAUCUAUUACACGCUUAGCAACUCCCCUGAAUUACCUUGCAAUUUUUUAGAUAAUAUAGUAACCUUUCUGCUCUUCUGUAUGGGACGGCGACUCUCACAGACUAAAAAGCAUCUCUGUUUGAACUUUACUGUGAACUUUAGGCUGAAAAAUUAACUCUAACUUCUCUGAAAUUCCUAAAAUUUGGUUAAAGUUCAGGUGUAAAAUUUGGAGGGUGGGAUGGCUGGAUUGGUUGUGUUCCAGGGCUGGUGUGGGGAUACCUUGAGGUCAGGCUGAUGGGAGGUAGUAACACAUGUUUUGAAAUAUAAUAAUUUAAUGAAAGUUUUGUAGUUGGUGUAAUCGAUUUUGUGGCCCUAUAGGUCGUGAAUUGAGUCGAGUGGAGCAGUAUGGUCUUGUAAUUUUGAUCAGCCUUCCUCUCUUUAUUUUGGCCUCUGCGGGAUCAACAGUGUUUUGGAUUAUAGGUGAGUAAGAAUGUUGUAAGUUUUCAUAUUUCUCUCUGUAGUAAAAUUUUAUUUCUAAACUAAAGGCAGUUAUAUUAUGUGGUAAUAGGCUCCAAGUUCCCCCAGGCCGCUGUAUUAAAGGGAACCUCCACUCUUACUACAGAAUAAGUUUAAAUCGAAUAAAAUUAUGUUGAUAAACAAAUUUGUGCGAAAUUUGUCCUUAAAAAAAGCGUUUACAUCAGGAAAAGUGAAUUUUAAAAUCGCUUAUUUUCAGUUUCAAAUUUCGCGGGCGCCGCCAUCUUGAAUAAUUGUGACGUGUUAUGGUUGCUCUAUUGUUCUGACACAAAGAGCUUUUGUUUAAGAACAACAGGGCAACCGUAACACGUCACAAUUAUUCAAGAUGGGGACGCCCGCAAAAUUUGAAAACAAAAAUAGCCGAAUCUAAAAGUUAUUUCUUUCGGAUACAAACGCUUUCUUUAAAAAUAUUUUAGAUUGACUUGACUGUAACAGUUAUUUCCUGUGAUUUAAAGUUAUCUUUUUGUUGAAGUGGAGGUUCCCUUUAAAACAAGGUUAAGUACUUAGCAUUUGAUAUGAAAAUGAUUUUUCAACCUCAUGCAAAUAAAACUCUUUGCAAGAAGGAUUGUGCACUUGGCUUCAUUUUGAAAGUGAGGGUUUUUGAAACUUGGAAGUGGCGAAUUCUUAACUUCUUUAAAGUUUGAGCCAUCUCUUGACCAACCCCAAGGGCAUGGCUCAAGGACUGCAGAAGAGUUUUUAUUCGUUCUUGCCAUUCUCAGACUCAGAAGUUAGAAUCGCCCUGUACAGUGUAGUAAACAGUACCACAGGAAAGUACUACUCAGUAGCUUUUAUUUGAAUGGCCACACAUUGAAUUUAAUUUACGGUUAUAACUGUGAUGUGAAGUAUAUGAAAUAAUUCAUAAUUCAAUAAUUCUGUGUUUUAUAAAUUAUAUGCCCUCUAAUAGUAAAGGUUGACAGGUCAUUUUUUUUUUUAUCAGGUGCGUCAUUCUUUAUUAUUGGCCUCCACGCGUCACUCUUGAGCACCUUCGACACUCCUGAAAUAACAGAAGAACUGACCAUGGAAGAAGUUUAG